AGAUAGGGUCUGUGGUUGACUCGUCCUCCUGUCAAUGCUGUAUUCAUUCUGUCUCAGAGGAGCAAGAUGGUGGCAGUACAAAAGGAUUACUGGUACUUCAUGGUACUCGUGAUGUUGUUCUGUUUGCUUAAAGGUUCUGUUGAGGUGAAAGCUCCAGAAACUACAGUCACACUUCAGGAGGGAAUGGUUUUGGACUGCCUGUGCCCAUGGAGCGGCCAGCUCACAAUGGUCUCUUGGACUAAAGCAUCUCUUUCACAACCUAUGGCCGUUUAUCAUCCUCACUUUGGCACCAGCUUUGCCCCGUCUUAUGACGGUAGAGUUGUGUUUCUGAAAACUACACCCAUGGAUGGAAGCGUAUCUAUUAUGAACGUUAGUCAGAGCGACGUCGGCCACUACCAUUGCUCUCUACAGACCUAUCCUCAGGGAUCAUGGACCAAAGGCACAUUUGUCAAAAAAACAGCAAUCAACUUCACCAUCUCCAUUCAGCCUGACACUGAGUUGGUGGCUGCACAAAAUGACAACCUGACCAUUAAAUGUGACCAUAUCCAGAACGGUGAGGUUUACCAUGUAAGCAUAGAAAAACUGGGCCCAGGGGACGGCAGUAGUACUAUAAUAGCGACGUGCCAGAUGCAGGACGACGGUCUGGAGCUGAAGGAGUUCAGCAGUAGAGGAAGUCUGAACUGCAGCGAUGCUAUGGAGGUUAGUUUACACCUGACGAACAUCAUUGAAGAGGACGGAGGACUUUACCGUUGCAACUUCACUACAGAUGCUGGUGUCCAAUCCACCACAGUUCUGCUGACCACUCUAUCUGCCCAAGAUUUCGGAAGCUUUCGGUAUAUGCUAUAUGUGUAUAUUGGAGCAGGGGUGGUCGGUGGUGCUUUUCUGAUGGGUCUUAUUUUAUUGGUGACGUGGGCGAACAGGCGGAAAAGAAAGAGAGAGGAAUACAGAAUCAAACUGCACCCUGGCAAAAGACAGCAGCGCAACCAUUAUGAACAAGCCUGUGUCUAUGACAGGAUGAAAAAAGGAACCAGAAUUGCGGCAAGAGAUAAAGAAAUAUACGCUAACUUUCAGAUAGUGAGAGCGCAUGAGAAACAGAAGCGAAAACAGAAGAGAUGAGAAAUCAAGCUUGCAACCACACAAUGGAACUAACUUUAUCUGAAAACAAAUCAUUCAUCAUUGCCACAAAGUGCUUGGGCACAUGAAUGAUAAAGGAUGAAUCAAAGGGACAAAGAGAUGCAUAAUAAUGCGGAGGAUUCAUGAAAAACACUUAUAUUUAUCAGUUGAUAAGCUACUACUCACGAUCAUCAUCUUCAUUACAUUAACCAUUCAAGAAACUCAACUCCGGCCCAUAACUCUUAUAACAUGCAUUUCAUUGCAUAAUUUGAGUUUUGGCUGCCCAUGACCGCAUUGGAAAGUUUUUUUCUUUCUGCUCUGUGAACUGUGUUUGACAGGUAAUCUGUUUAAGAAGGUUUCAGGGUGAUUGCUUAAAAGCGUGGUCCAUUCUGAGUAACUCAAGUAAAACUUUAGUCUGAGUGACUCUAAUGAUCAAAGGACUGGACCAAAGAGCGUUUCUGAGUGGAUGAGUCCUCUAAAAAUUACAUGCUUGUCUCAGUUUAAGCAAAAUCAUGCUUUCUUCUUCUCUGCAGAAAUGGACGUACAGAGAAUAAGGAAAUGAAGACUCCAUUACUGAUAAGAGAACUGGAAAUACUUCAGUUAUCAUACUCUGUUCAAUUUUAAAACGCUCCUGGCAGAGUAUGUUUUCUUUCGCUGUUUUGCCUCGUGUAAUU